CCGAGUUGUCUAGAAUCGGGAGACCGUCGUGCGGACAAAACGGAGGAGAUGGUCGAACGACGCUGGACCACGAGUCUGCUGGCUUUGAUUGGCAUCCUCGCGACACUGACGAGCUGCGACACUGUCCCGUGGCAGGAGGAAAAGCUGAAACAUGAAGCAACCACACUAAGCUCCAGUGAGCUAAGUAGUGUGGUAUCUCGUACCGAUCUAGACCGGAUGUGGCAGAAGGACCUGAAGCCCAUGCUUGUUGUGCGCUAUCCUGGUUCAAGUGGAAGCCAACACGUUCAGCAGCAUAUUAAAUCAACCCUCAACUCAAUGAUCGCGGGUUGGCAAGUGACAGAGGAUGCCUUCUAUGCUCAUACGCCUUAUGGCCAGUUUCCUUUUACCAACAUAAUUGCAACUCUCAACCCUGCGGCCAAACGUCAGUUGGUUGUGGCCUGCCACUUUGACUCCAAAUACUACCCUCCACAGUGGGACGGCCGUGAGUUUCUUGGAGCAACGGAUUCUGCUGUUCCCUGCUCUAUGAUUCUGGAGCUGGCAAGAGCCCAAGAUGAUGAACUAAAGACCUUGAAGGACUCUGGGUCAGAUCUGUCUCUGCAGCUCUUUUUCUUUGAUGGAGAGGAGGCUCUUUACCAGUGGACCUCUGAAGACUCUCUGUACGGCUCCCGUCAUUUAGCGCACAAAAUGGCGACAACAGCACAUCCACCGGAAGCCUUCAACACAAGCCAGCUUGACGGAAUUGAUUUGUUUGUUUUACUGGACUUGAUUGGCGGUCCAAAUCCUCGAUUCGGUAAUCAGUUCUCCAGUACGACCCGAUGGCUUUCCAGACUACAAAAUAUUGAGCGCCGGCUGCAUGCGCUCGGUCACCUAGAGAAUCACCCUAAUGAGGUUCAAUACUUCUGGCCUGGCCUGCAUGUGGGUCUAAUUCAGGAUGAUCACAUACCUUUCCUCAACCAAGGGGUCCGGAUUCUCCAUCUCAUUUCGACUCCUUUUCCUGCGGUGUGGCACACCUUUGACGACAACGAGGAGAACCUGGAUCGAAUCCCCAUUAACAAUCUCAACAAGAUCCUGCAGGUCUUUGUUCUUGAAUACCUCAACAAGAAAAGUCUGAACGCUAUGGCUGAAGGCUCUUAAUGUUCCCAAAAUUUACAAUCAUUCAUCUAUCCCAUUUCUCAUACUGACAUGUGCAGGAGAUUAUGGUUCUUUUGACAUACCUGUUUAGCCAGUUUAAUUUUUGAUUUACAAUUUUUAUUACACAAUGUUUCUGACAACUGGAGCUGCAUACUGUAUGUCUGUGGACUGUGGACCAGGAUCAGACUCUGUAUACAGGGUUUACUGUGUGUUAGCAACAGUGUUUUCUUUAUGUCCUCUGGCUAAACUAAAUACUUACAAAAAUGAAUGUUGGUACUCAAUAUAUAAUUUUCUUGUUUCUAUUCUUUUAUUUUAUUUUAUUGUUUUUUUUUCCUUGUUAUCUGAAUAAUAGAAUUUAUAGUAGCCUUAUACUUUGUAGCCUUUUUGACUUUAAAUGUAAUCUCUGUUAAGAAUCAACAAACAUAUUUGUGAAGAAUCAUACUGUUUCAUGAUGCCUGUGUGAUUCUGCAAGCUGCUUCUAUUGUCAUGUGUUCCUCACUUACCAGUGGGAUCGGAAAGCACUCUUAGUUUCUGAGUGUUCAUUUGGUUACAUAAAACUUUUCCCAAUAUAUGAAUUGUUUACUAAAGUAGAUUUAUGUUAAUUUGCAUUUUUGAUCUAUGAUGUAGGUUCUCCAUCUGAAAACCGAGACAGGAAUGUCUAUGUUUGUCUGUGUCUUAGACUGCUUGCAUCCCCACUGGAUCCAUUCCCAGACACAAGAAGUACACACCACAUAAUUAUGAUACUGCCAUGAAUUCCAGUGUCAUAGUCCCCAGAUUUAUUGCAAACUCGCAUAGUAAUAUGGGUUUUCCAUGCACUGGAUGUAGUUAUGGUAUUGAUUUUGAAAAUAAAGUAAUUGAAGUGUC